AUGACCGCACUGACUCCAUUUUGUAUCUCGCACUGCAGGACACAAAGGAAGCGAAGCAUUGGCCAAAGGCCUCCUCCGGCCGCAGGGCGGCCUAAGCCUCAGCCUAAAGUCUCUGGACCCCGCUGCCGUGCUCUGUACCAGUACCUCAGUCAGGAUGUGGAUGAGCUCAGCUUCAACGUGGGCGACGUGAUAGACCUCCUGAUGGAAGAUGCCUCUGGAUGGUGGAAGGGCCGUCUCCAUGGGCGUGAAGGCCUUUUCCCUGGGAAUUAUGUACAGAAACUCUGAGGAAAGCCCUAUCGACAGCCCCAUAAGAGGAAAAAGGGCCCAAUAUCAGCAAGAAUGUAUAAACCUGCUUUCCAGAGGAACAAGCCUGUGGAAGCUUGGUUAAGAUGAACAAGGAUAUUGCAGGGAAACACUGACUCUUGACAGCCGUCUCUCUAUAAAGGGCAGUUUCGUUUUUUCAAAGCCUCAUUUAGAAAAAUCCCAUAAGGGGACAUAUGAAGGCAAACCUAGCAAGCACACCAUAUUGUCUGGAUGCUCUGGUGCUAAUUUACUGAAGAAGGGAGCAAGUAGGAAUAUGUUAAAUAAAGGGCAGGGGUGUUGAACGUGUGCCACAGAUCUUGCAUGGAAUCCUUAAUGUUUUACGUACAUGUUGCAGUGCUCCAUGUGAAGCUAGAGUCUUACGGGAAGGAAUGAAAACACUUGCUGUUUGGGAACGCAAGGGUUUUAUCCUGUUGCUUUUCGGUGCCAGGUGAACCUCCCAUACCUCUCUCCAUUUUCAAGAUGGACGGUCUCAGGGUGUUGUUAAGCCAGGGAGUCUUCCUAAUAGCUUGGCUAACCAAACCACUGCAUAAAGAAUUGUACAAAUAAAAAUAAAUAAUACCCACA